AUGCGAUCAGCAGGAGCAGGAUGCGGCUGCCCUGAUUCUUCUUCAAAUGGCAGACCCAAACUGGGACAAGACGAGGAAAUCAAGGACAAGAAACCCGAGCAGAAAAUCAAGGGCGAGGAAGCUGAGCCGGAAGCUCAAGCUACUCCUGCCUUGGUCGUCGGCUCCUCCAGUGCUUCGCAGUCCAGCCCAGCCCCGAGCACUCCCUCUUCUGCAUCGUCUUUCUCGGUCAAAGGCGCCUCCUUUGCAGAAAUCGACGCACACCAACAGACAAUUCAGCAGACUCGCGCCGCCUUGACACCCACGCAACGAGCCGCUCUCAACCUCAAGGAGUACUCUCACUACGACCUCGCCGGCAACAAGAUCGGCACCCUGUGGCAGACUAGAGCCGAACAACGUACAUUCCGCCAAACCCAGAGAAGAAGAGGUGCAAAGACUGUUCGUGCUGGUACUACCAACGGAAUGAAGCUCAACAGACGUUGUUAA